UUAUUGAAUUUUGUUAGUGAGGACCAGAGGAGGAAAAUCUGACGGUGGUGAUUAUUCGCGAGUUCGGCCUCCUACACAAUCAAAUAGGAGAGCUGCUGUUGAAAAAAGGAGAAAGAGAAAUGAGGAAAGGCAGGCGCCCCAGGACGAGCAGCCCCAGGAUGAGCAGCCACAGCAAAAUCUUAUGUUUGAUGCAGAACAGGAUGAGCAGCCCCAUGAUGAGCAGCCCCAGCACAAUCAUGUGUUUUAUGAUGAAUAUGACCAGCAGCAGCAACAUUUUGAUGAUGAACAUGGUCAGCAGCACCAGCCUGAUGAACCCAUGUUUCCUGGAGGUCCUUAUGAUCUUUCUGUCCUUACAGAUUAUGAGCAUCAUAUUGCAAUUAAUGUGUGGAAUGGACAGGAAAGACGUGCCUUGAAAGUUGUUUCCAAUGGCAAAAAGCAAGACAAAUUUAUUGAUAUUAGAUAUCAUUUACCUGCUCAAAUAGAUCAUUGGAUUAAUAUAUCUGGAUUACGUCCUCUGAGAAGAUGUAGUUUGCAUAUGAUUGAUGGUAACAUGAUAUCUGCUUUUGCUGAGAGAUGGCACGCAGAGACUAGUUCAUUUCACCUGCCAUUCGGUGAAAUGACUAUUACUCUUGACGACGUCAGGGGUCUUUUGAGCAUCCCGUGUACUGGAGAGUUUUUCACACCUCCCGCAAAUGUCAAUGAAGAUUUGGCAAUUGCUGCUGCUGUUGAGUUGUUGGGGGUUACAUAUGAUGAAGCUGUCACUGAGACUAGGACCAAUAGAGGGGAAUGGUCAUCCACUUCUCAUUACCUUGGUUUUCCAACUCAGUUACAAGUAAAGACUCUGUCACUUCUUGCAAACGUUCCUUGA